AUGGGGACUCAGGACUCAGGACAGUACCGACACAGGAUGAGACGGGGAGCAGUGGAGAGAGUUAAGAGAUGUCACGGAGUGGAAUGGAGCGGAGGGGAGGGGAAGGGGAGCGGAGAGGAGCGGAGUUUAGGGGAGGGAAAGGGAAGGGGAGCGGAGGGAGCGGAGCUUAGGGGAGGGGAAGGGGAGCGGAGAGGAGCGGAUGGAGAGGAGGAGAGGAGGAGGAGGGGAAAGGAAGGAGGGGGGAGAUUAGAGCGGAGCGGAGGGGAGGACAGCGGGGUGGAUGGGGGCGGUGCGGAGGGGAGGGAGGGAUCGCAGGGGAGAGGAGUAGGGAGGAGGGAGCAGUGUAAAGCGGAGUUGGGUGGAGCGGUGUGGAGAGGAGAGGAGGGGAGUGGGGUGGAGAGACUGGCCAACCGAUCACCAUUGAAGUGGGAACUGUUCCGACUCGGAAUCCUCAAGGGGGAAUAUGGCCAGCAAUGA